AUGAAGGAACUUCGGUCGCCUCGAGAGAUGAAUGGAUCCGAUCGAUGGAGACACUUGUACGAGCCAGUUCCCUUGCCGUUUUACAUUACCCCUCAACAACCUCUGUCCAUCGUUUCUGCCAGAAAUAAACUUUUUGACAAAUCAGAUUCUUUCAAAAAACAGAACAUUACUGUGAAAAUGUCAAAAAAUAGCCUCACUUUACCAAAUGGCGAUAAAUAUAGCGAAGAAGUUCCGCUGCUCACCAGUGCAGAUGUUUCACAAAUCCAAGCGUGUAAAACACAGAAAUUGGAUGACAUUACAAUAAAAAGCGUAGAUCCUGUACGAAAAAAUGGAUCUGAAUUUUUUGCUAUUGGAUCUGAGGUAGACUCGGUGGAGAGUGUUCAAGACUUCUACAAGAAGGCCUGCAUCGACCCCUAUGUCGCCAGUGUCGACAGCAGAAUCUUAGUUUACAGAUUCCGAGAAAACGAUAAAGUGACUGAAAACUAUCAUGAUGAUGGUGAACAUGGAGCGGGCCGACGCCUCCUUAAAUUUAUGCAGGACAACCAAAUCAUCUAUGCGGCCUUCGUUGUAACGAGAUGGAUGGGAGAGCAUAUUGGACCCGAGCGUUUUACCAUCAUGGAGAACCUCCUGAACGAUGUGGCAAAUCUAUUAUAGGAACGAUAAAAAAAAAACCGUGUGAGUGAACUAAAGUGUGAAUAGGGACUUUCUCUGAUUCAUAACAUCAAUAUUUUAU